AUGAGCUGCACGAAGCAGCGUCCACUCUGCGCAGAGGAAGCACACAGCUCGACAACGCUGCAAGGCGGCAGCCAGGAAACGGUUUCGACGAUCAUUAAGCAAUCGCCAACAUCGCCGCAGCAGCAGCGGUUGAGUGGAAUUGCAGGUCUGCAAGUGGAUGAAGUGCUUUAUGCGCAGGUGCAGCCUGAGAACAACUACCAGCUGCAACAACAACAGCAGCAGCAACAACAACAAUUGCAACAACAGUCGCGUCUAAGCACACACUUAUUGCUGCAGCAGCAGCAGCAACAACAGCAGCAGCAGCAGGCCACACAACGGCAACAUCAACAGCAGCAACAUCAACAGCAGCAACUUGUUACUUACCAGGACCGUCCACCGCCGCCGCCCUACAACGAAUACACGCAAUUGAAUGCAGCUGCCGAGAGUGCGGCGCUCAAUUUGAGCAGCAUUGGUGUUGGCAAAUCUGUCGAGGAAGAUGCCACCGUCGAAUCAUCGUCAACAGCAACAACAACAACAACAACUCACGAGCUGCGCAUGCUGCGGCAGGCGAAUGUGGCUGCUGCCAUGGCUGUGGUUGCUAAUGUGGCUGCCAAUGCGAAUGUUGAGCCCGUCAAUGACACCGAUUGUGAGCCGUAG